AUGACUGCUGUACGAGUUCUGAUGGACUUUCGAUAUCUCGUACAGUCACCCAUAAUUGACGACAUCCUACUCGCCCGAAUUUCCACUGCACUUGAUCAUUUUCAUGCUAACAAAGAUGCUAUUAUAGAGGGUGGAUUUCAUUGUGGUCAGCGUGGUGGAGUUAUCGAGAACUGGUACAUACCAAAGCUUGAGCUCAUGCAGUCCAUAGUUCCAAGCAUAAGGAACACUGGAGUUCCUCUGCAAUGGACAGCCGACACCACGGAGCAUGCCCACAUAAUGGAAAUCAAAAAUCCUGCUCGCUCGAGCAAUAAUAAUAAUUAUGAUCCCCAGAUAUGUCGCCAUCUUGACCAUGCCGAUAAAUGCCGCCGCUUUGACCUUGCUAUGAGUCUGCUUGACAAUGUCCCAGACUCAGGGCAGCAGGAUCCAGAUGAUGAUGAGAAGGAUGAGAAUGAUCGUGAUAUCCCAGCAGAUCUUCUUAUGACAAUGAAAUACCCUGGACAUUCAUGUCCAAUCACCAAUUACUUCGGAAUUGCCAAGGUCCUCCAGCACAGGGAAGUGGGGACAGUCCCUGUGCCACUGCGCUCAUUUGUUGUCGAAUGCACAGCAUUUCACCUCACCUAUGAUCCUUCUAUCAGAAAUAUAUCUGUUGACAAUGCUGCCAUCAAGUUUGCUAUUGCCGACUUUCUUCAUUGUGAGGCUACUCAUGGGAGGGAUCACAUACAUACUAUUGGGGAGGCUAGAAGAGCUGGACCUACUGCUUCACUUCCCUUUGACAAACUUCAAGUCGGGUUUAAACUUCGGGUGCAGGACACCGAUUUCCACGAUGCUAGCAUCAUACGGCCUGCGCAGACCCUCAAUUGUGCACCUCCUUCUGAUCCCUGGACAUGUGGCUGGUAUGACACAGUCAUCAUUAACAACGAGGCAAGGUACUUAUGGCCAGAAGAUAGUCUUUGUGGUACGUCAUACAAUUGGCCAAAUCAGGCUUAUCAUGCAUGCUAUUGGAAAAGUGGCACGAAUUGGUCAUGGAAGGACCACUUUCUGGUUUACAUGCAUCGCUUUGACAUUGUUUCUCAAAGCUCCAGUGCUGAUGAUCGUGAGCCAACGAAGCAUUCAAAUGGCACUUGGGUGGGUGAUGUCAUACCUGUGACACAGCUCAGAGCACCUGUCAACCUUGUCCCUCGCUUCGGUGCAAGUGCAGACAACCGUCUCACCCCAUAUAAUAGCAUGGAACAUGCUUCUCAGUUCUGGCUCAACAGGUAUUGUGAUAAGAAUGUAUAUUUUCCCCUUUCCAUGUAG